GUGACCACGGACUCUCCUCACCAGCUCUCAUUGUGCGAGCAGGCGUGAUCCUGAAGGCUCACUAUUUCUUACUCGCGAACUGUAGCUGGGGGGCCGAGGGGAAGCAAAGUGAAGAGAGGCACCACCUCGACCGUAGGGAUGUUGCAGUGACGGCAGAGCGUCCUCCCAGCACUCAGCCGGCAUCGUCAGCUGUUGCGCCUGCAGUGUGGUGAGCAGCAGCCGUGUCGAGAGCAAAGGCGGUGUCGAAAAACUAUGCCACCGAUGUUAAGACGAUAACCUUCAUCCACGAAUCAAUCGGCGAGCUGAUGCGAGCAGGGACUACCAGCAAACCGCUGAAUAUUUUCCGCCCUUUGGAGGAGCUGUGCCAAUGGAGAAAGCGACUACACCGCCCCAGCCUCAGGUGCAGCUGUCAAUAGCCAAGACCGACAGUCCGGCGGACGACGUCUCCGGCUUAUCCGAUGAGGACCUGCUCAAGUGGACCAAGGAAGACCUGGUGAGGCGUCUGAGACGCUCCGAGGCCGACAAGAUGAGCGUGAUUCUGGACCACGGAAAUCUCAUCCGAGAGGUCAAUCGCAGCUUACAGUUGCACUUGAACGAGAUCAGGGGGCUGAAGGACAUCAAUCAGAAGCUACAGGAAGACAACCGCGAACUGCGAGACUUGUGCUGCUUCUUGGAUGAUGACCGGCAAAAAGGAAAGCGAGUGUCCAGGGAGUGGCAGCGUCUGGGCCGUUACAGCUCGAGCAUUAUGCGCAAAGAGGUGACCCUCUAUCUCCAAAAACUCAAGGAAUUAGAGCUUCGACAGGAGGAGGUCAUCCGCGAAAACCUGGAGCUCAAAGAGCUCUGUCUCCUCCUGGAUGAGGAUAAAGGAAUAGUAGGUGGAAGUGGAGGAAGUGGUGGGAGUGUUGGAAUAUGCGUGGGGUCCCGAAACUCCAUAGACAGUCAGAAUAGUUUGCUGCUGGUUCCCGGGCAGGGGCUCCUAAUGAGGGAUGUUGGGGAUGGGAGCAGCACCUCUAGUGCAGGGAGUGCUGACAGCUCAGAUCACCAUCAGCAUAAGCAAACUCACAUGGCUGUUGGAGUGGGCGGUCUCGGAAUUUCAGGGGAAAAAGGGAGUCCUGAGCUGAUGCAUAAACCCAGAUGUAGCAGCAUCAGUGCCAUAGGAGGAGCAAUGGCAGACAGGGAGGUGUCUAGCCCUGACCACCCGGCUGGGCGCAACCGGAGCACAAGUCUGGAGUACCCGUACACUUUGCCCCAACUCUGUCGACCACGUUGCGGCUCGAUAUCAGUGCCUGACCACAGCCGGGCCAUGCGAGGCUUGAGCCCAGAGAAAUAUGGAAUGAACGUGGGAAGGAGUAGUCCAGAGCAGCAUCCAAAGCACUACAGCUCUGACCUUGUUUUAGGCCAGAGGCAGCACUACUUGAGCCAGGGUGGCAGCGGUGACCUCUACCAGAGGCACCACAGGAGCAGCAUUAGCAGUACCGGUUGUGAGAGCCCUGAGCCUCGACAUGCACAUUUAGGGACCGGUGAGCACGUUGAAAAAAGUUGUGCAGUCCAAGGGGGCAGUCCUGAGACUCAUAGGCACCAAUACAGUUUGAGUCCUGACCAUGGGAAGUUUGGCAGUCCAAUUAGAGACGCGCAGAGGAGGUCCGCUGGAGAUGAGUUGUCACCCCAUCAUCGGAGCAUCUAUAACGGAAUGAAUGCUUUGAUAUCAGCCGGCUGCUGCACCAACAACUGCAGAAAUGUCAAGCUAUGGGACAGCUUUGAUGCCUCAUCUUGACCUCGCUGUCGUCAGCCUGGCUCCUCAGAAGGAAAAAGAUCACAGCGGUUGAGCCUUUGUGCGUCCGUGGACUUGAUCGCUGCAAAGAUUCUGUGGCGCCAUGGUACAAGGCACCAGAUGGUCUGCGGUCCAUCCAUGGCCUCAUUCAUGUCUACAGCGCCUGAAAACAACCUGCCUUCAUGUUUUCAUCUCUACUACUCUAUUGAGCGCUUUGGGGAGGGUGAGAUUAGUUGUGUUUAUAAAAAAUAAAAAAAAAAUGCUGCAGAUAUAUUUAUUUGAAUGGUGGUCUCUCCUUGCCAAUUGUGAUACGAGAGAGAAUUCAGAGAGAUACAUGGAUGCAUGCGGGGAGAUUUGGAUGAUUACAGCUAUGUUAUUUGCUGUGUGUAAUGACAAUGUAG